AUGAAGCUCACCAUCCCCAUCGCGGCUGUUGCAGUUGCACUCACCUCGGUCUCUGCUUUGCCCAUCGACGGCACCAUCCACGAUGUCGUCUCUACGGGCGGGUUCGCCGGUUCGCUCUUUGGUGGCCUCACCUCGUCCUUCCGAGACGCAUUUGCCGCCCGUCUCGUGCAGACCUCUGCUACAGAAGAGCCGUACUGGACCACCGAGCUAGGCAAGCAGCUGCUGUGGUACCGAGGAAUUCACUUUAUGGACCUGACGGACACGCCCGAUCUCGGACAGCUCAACGCUGCUCGACUUCAAUCCGAAGGAUCCUCCUCGUCUCUCCUCAAGGACUCGACCAAGUUCCCGACCAAGCUGCACCACCAGUCUUCGCUCAAGUCCGUGUUCAAACACAUCUCGCAAGACGGUCCCCGCGCCCACCUCUCCAAGUUCACCUCGUUCCACACGCGCUACUACAAGUCCGAGACCGGACGUAAAUCCCAAGCCUGGCUCUUCCGCACCGUCUCGGAUCUGGUCAAAGACUACUCUUUCAUCAAAGUGCAGGAGUUUCCCCACCCUUGGGGCCAGAACUCCAUCCUGCUCAAGAUCAAGGGAACCAACUCCACCCUCACCGCUUCCAAAGGCGUUACGAUCCUGGGUGCGCACCAGGACUCCACCAACCUCUUUCCCUUCUUCGCCGCACCCGGCGCUGACGACGACGGCUCUGGAACCGUGACCAUCAUCGAAGCGCUGCGAGUGCUGCUCAAGUCGGACUGGCGACCCGAAUCGGACGUCGAGUUCCACUGGUACUCCGCCGAAGAAGGCGGUCUUCUCGGAUCGCAAGCCGUCGCACAAUCGUAUGAACGCGCCAACACCAAAGUCCACGCCAUGCUGCAGCAGGACAUGACCGCCUUCGUCAAAUCCGGCACCGAAGAAACCGUAGGCCUCGUCAGCGACUUUGUCAGCCAGCCUCUCACGACCUUCAUCGCCUCCCUCGUAGACGAGUACCUCGACAUCGGUUACACACAGACCAAACUCGGUUACGCCGGUUCGGAUCACGCCAGCUGGACAAAGAUCGGCGCAGACAGCGCUUUCGCUAUCGAAGCCACGUUUGAGAAUUCGAACUUGAAGAGGAUCCAUACCACACAGGACACGUUCGACUAUCCAGAGUUCAGCUUUGAUCAUUUGAUGCAGUUUGUCAGGCUCAGCGCCAGCUUUGUUGUUGAAUUGGCUGGGUGGAGUGACAACAAGUAG